UAUAUAAAGCCUGUGCAGACUGGUUGCUCUGAACACGGUGCGUUUAUGUCAGGCACCUCAGUGUAAGCACAUCGUGCAUGUACCAAACUUUUCACACGGUGUAACACAAUAGAGCGCCGGCUGACAACAUCCAUCAGUUGGAUGUUCAUGUUUGGAGCGUAUUCGUUGCCUGGUGUUCAAGAGUAAAACGACAGAGGAAAAGUACUAAGAAUUAAGGACUCUACAAAAGAAAAGUGCAUAAAUUCCUGAAAAAUCACACAAUCAUGGGGCUUCCCAUACAGGUCUAUGCCUGUCUAUUUUUUCUGCUGAGUUCUGAGGUUAAUUGCGGUCUCAUACGGAAAGUUAUUCGACAGAAGAGAGAAAACGCUUUAAACGUAACCUUGCCGGAAAAUGACCAGCCAGUUGUCUUUAACCAUGUCUACAAUAUUAAUGUUCCAAUGGGUUCACUGUGCUCUGUUGACCUAGACCCACCUAGUAGUUCUGAAAACCAGCUAAAGCCACAAACAGAACCUGGUAAAACUUACCAUGAGCAUACCUUAAACGGUGAAAACCAGAUUGUUUUUACACAUCGUAUAAACAUACCACGAAGAGCAUGUGGUUGUGCAUCUGCUCCUGAUAUAAAUGAUCUUCUGAGCCGUUUGGAAGAGUUAGAAGGACUGGUUUCCUCUCUCCGAGAACAAUGCAUGACAGGAGCUGGAUGUUGUUCUAGUCCACAAGAUGCAGAGGGUGUUUUGGACACAAAACCCUAUUGCAACGGGCAUGGGAAUUACAGUACAGAGACCUGUAGCUGCGUUUGCGAGCCUGGAUGGACAGGGCCCAAUUGCACAGAAGCUGAAUGCCCGGGAAACUGCAACAAUAGAGGGCUUUGUGUGAAUGGAAAAUGCAUUUGUGAUCAGGGCUUCAUUGGAGAUGACUGCAGUGAAUUAGCCUGUCCUGAUGAUUGCAGUGAUCAAGGAAAAUGUGUCAAUGGAAUCUGUGUUUGCUUUGAUGGCUAUGGUGGGGAAGACUGCAGUGAGGAGGUGUGCUUAGUCCCUUGUAGUGAGCAUGGAAAGUGUGUUAACGGACGUUGUGUGUGUGAAGAGAACUUUGUUGGGAAUGACUGCAGUGAGCCUCUCUGCCCAAACAAUUGUAACAACCGUGGAAGGUGUGUAGAUAAUGAGUGUGUCUGUGAUGAGGGUUAUACAGGAGAUGACUGCAGUGAACUAAUCUGCCCUAAUGACUGCUUUGACCGCGGCCGUUGCAUAAAUGGCGUGUGCUACUGUGAGGAAGGAUUCACUGGAGAAGAUUGUGGUGAAGUUUCUUGUCCCAACAAUUGUAAUGAGCGUGGCCGUUGUGUGAAUGGACUUUGUGUGUGUGACUCUGGAUUUACUGGAGAUGACUGCAGUGAACUCAGCUGCCCAAAUAAUUGCAAUAAUGAAGGACGGUGUGUAAAUGGAGUCUGCAUUUGCAAGGAAGGUUACACAGGAGAGGACUGUGCUCAACUCAGAUGUCCAGAAGACUGUAACAACAGAGGACGCUGUGUAAAUGGAGAGUGUAUCUGUGAAGAGGAAUUCACAGGGACUAACUGUGGGGAUCUGAGAUGUCCAAAUGACUGCAGUAACAACGGACAUUGUGUCAAUGGUGAAUGCAUAUGUGCAGAAGGAUUCACUGGUUUAGACUGCAGUGAGCUAAGGUGCCCCAAUGACUGUAACAAUCGGGGAAAAUGCGUGAAUGGACAAUGUGUGUGUGAUGAAGGAUUCACUGGUUUAGACUGCAGUGAUCUAAGGUGCCCCAAUGACUGUAACAAUAGGGGAAAAUGUGUGAAUGGAGAAUGUGUGUGUGAUGAAGGAUUCAUUGGUUUGGAUUGUAAUGAAUUAAGGUGCCCCAAUGACUGUAAUAACAGAGGACGCUGUGUUAAUGGGCAGUGUGUGUGUGAUGAGAAAUUUAGGGGUGAGGAUUGCUCUGAACUGAGAUGCCUUAAUGAUUGUAACCAUAGAGGUCUCUGCAUCAACGGACAAUGUGUGUGUGACAAUUUAUUCAUGGGUAAUGACUGCAGUGAGCUACGUUGUCCUGAUGACUGUAACAACAGAGGAAGCUGCAUUAAUGGACUGUGUGUGUGCAACGACGGAUUCAUAGGGGACAACUGUGCCCAGCUAAGCUGCUUCAACAACUGCAAUAACCAAGGUGUUUGUGUCAAUGGAAAAUGCAUCUGCGAUGAAGGCUUCAUAGGAGACUUGUGCUCUGAAGUAUCUCCACCAAAGGACUUAAAAGUGACGGAUGUGACAACACAAACCAUGAACCUUGAAUGGGCCAACAAAAUCACAGUUAAUGAAUAUCUCAUCACGUACGUUCCCACCAGCUCUGGUGGACUGGAGUUUGACUUCAGAGUACCUGGCAACCAGACAACAGCCACUAUCAAUGAACUUGAACCUGGAGUGGAAUAUUUUGUCCGUGUGUAUGCAAUCCUGAAAGACCAGAAGAGCAUUCCUGUGAGCGCCAGAGUGUCAACACAUCUGCCUACCACAGAUGAUUUAAGAUUCAAAUCUGUGAAAGAAACAUUUGUUGAAGUUGAAUGGGAGCCCCUGGAUAUCUCUUUUGAUGCCUGGCAACUUAUCUUCAGACAUGCAAAAGAGAAAAAUGGAGCAAUAAGCACCAGCUUGGAACGACCUGUUACUACUUAUGUGCAACAAGGGCUAGCACCAGGAGAGACCUAUGAAGUAUCUAUACAUGUCAUUAAAAACAAUACACAAGGACCAGGUUUGACCAGAGUCACCACCACAAGACUGGAUGCACCAAGCCAAGUUGAUGUAAAAGACAUUACUGACUCCUCUGCCCUAAUAACCUGGGUUAAACCAAUGGCAGAAAUUGAUGGCAUCUCCUUAUCCUAUGGAACAGGGGAUGAACCAAGGACAACAGUUGAACUCUCUGAAAAUGAAAACCAGUAUGUUAUGAACGAUCUGAAACCAGACACAGAAUAUGAGGUCACUCUCAUAUCACGCCGUGGAGAAAUGACAAGUUAUCCUGUGCUAGAAACCUUCACAACAGAUCUGGACACUCCAAAGAACUUGAAAAAGAUUUCACAGACGGACUCUAGUAUAACUUUGGACUGGAAGAACACAGAAGCUGAUAUUGACUAUUACAGAAUUAAAUUUGCACCUCUCUCAGGAGGUGAUCAUGAAGAAAUAACAGUUCCUCGAAGCAAAGAUGCUACCACCAAAGCUACACUUACAGGUUUGAGACCGGGAACAGAAUAUGGCAUAGGAUUGACAGCAGUAAAACAGGACAGAGAAAGUUCUCCAGCUACUAUCAAUGCUGCAACUGACUUGGAUUCUCCCAAAGAUUUGGAGAUCACUAGAGCUACGGAAACAACACUUGAUCUGCAAUGGAAAACACCUGUAGCUAAAUUUGAUCGCUAUUGGCUCACCUAUCAAACCAGCAGUGGAGCUGAGAAGGAAAUCCAGGUCCCUGGAAAUGCCAAGUCAUAUGUAUUGACUGGGCUUGAACCUGGCAACGAAUACAGUAUUUCCCUUGUGGCAGAGAAAGGAAGACACAAAAGCAAGCCUGUCUCAGUUGUUGGAAAAACAGACUUGGGUUCUCCCAAAGAUUUGGAGAUCACUAGAGCUACGGAAACAACACUUGAUCUGCAAUGGAAAACACCUGUAGCUAAUUUUGAUCGCUAUUUGCUCACCUAUAGAACCAGCAGUGGAGCUGAGAAGGAAAUCCAGGUCCCUGGAAAUGCCAAGUCAUAUGUAUUGACUGGGCUUGAACCUGGCAAUGAAUACAGUAUUUUGCUUGUGGCAGAGAAAGGAAGACACAAAAGCAAGCCUGUCUCAGUUGUUGGAAAAACAGACUUGGAUUCUCCCAAAGAUUUGGAAAUCACUAGAGCUACGGAAACAACACUUGAUCUGCAAUGGAAAACACCUGUAGCUAAUUUUGAUCGCUAUUUGCUCACCUAUAGAACCAGCAGUGGAGCUGAGAAGGAAAUCCAGGUCCCUGGAAAUGCCAAGUCAUAUAUAUUGACUGGGCUUGAACCUGGCAAUGAAUACAGUAUUUUGCUUGUGGCAGAGAAAGGAAGACACAAAAGCAAGCCUGUCUCAGUUGUUGGAAGAACAGCUAUUGGAUCUCCUAAAGGUUUGACAUUCUCUGAAAUUACUGAGACCUCAGCUAAAGUCAACUGGAUAGCACCCAGUAUCCUGGUGGAAAAAUUCAUUAUUUCCUAUGUUCCAAUAAAUGGAGGUACCAGCAAUUCUGUGGAAGUUGAUGGAUCUAUAACGUCUACAACAUUACGUAACCUUCACCCAGGUGUAGAGUAUGUUGUGAGCCUUGUAUCAUUUAAAGAUAAUGAACAAAGUGCACCAGCAUCUGGAACUCUAACUACAGCUCUGGACAGCCCAUCAGGUCUACAAGCCAUUAACAUUACAGAGUCUGAAGCCCUUGCAUUGUGGCAGCCAUCUUUGGCAUCUGUGGACCAUUAUGUAUUUUCCUACUCUGCAAAGAAUGCCCCCAUUGUUACUCAGACUAUAUCAGGUAACACUGUGGAGAAUGAAAUUAUUGGCCUGCAACCUGCCACUGAAUACACUUUGACAAUUUAUGCUGUUAGAGGACAACUUCGUAGUUCUGAAAUCUCUACAACAUUCACCACAGCAUUGGAUGGCCCCAGAGAUCUGACUGCAAGUGAAGUCCAAUCUGAGUCAGCACUGCUCACAUGGAGACCUCCACGAUCAAUUAUUACAGGAUUCUUGCUGAUUUAUGAAUCUGUGGAUGGUACAGUCAAGGAAGUCAUUUUGGGACCAGAUUCAACCUCCUAUAGAUUACUGGAUUUAAACCCUUCUUCCCAGUACACUGUUCGAUUACAUGCACUGAAUGGGGAUAUUAGAAGCAAAUUCAUCCAAACCAUUUUCACAACAACUGGAUUGCUUUAUCCAUACCCAAAAGAUUGUUCCCAGGCUCUCUUAAAUGGAGAGACCACAUCUGGAAUGUACACAAUUUACGCAAAUGGUGAUCAAUCACAACCCAUGGAGGUGUAUUGUGACAUGAGUGUGGAUGGUGGUGGAUGGAUAGUAUUUCUAAGACGCAUAGAUGGAUCUGAAGAUUUUUACAGAAACUGGAGAACAUAUUCUGCAGGAUUUGGAAAUCCUUCAAAUGAAUUCUUUAUGGGCUUAGAGAAUCUCCACAAAAUAACUUCCCAGGGACAGUAUGAACUACGUGUGGAUCUAAGAGACAACGAUGAAACUGCUUUUGCUGUUUAUGACAAGUUUAGUGUUGGAGAUGCCAAGAGUCGUUACAAGCUAAAGGUUGAUGGCUAUAGUGGCACAGCAGGGGAUUCGAUGAGCUACCACAAUGGACGCCCUUUUUCCACAUAUGACAAAGACAAUGAUUCUGCUAUAACCAACUGUGCUCUGUCCUACAAAGGGGCUUUCUGGUACAAGAACUGUCACAGAGUAAACCUGAUGGGACGAUAUGAUGACAAUAAUCACAGUCAGGGUGUCAACUGGUUCCAUUGGAAGGGACAUGAAUACUCCAUCCAGUUUGCAGAAAUGAAACUAAGACCAGUCAGCUUUAGAAAUCUUGAAGGGAGAAGGAAGAGAGCAUAAAACCAUCCUCCAAUAAAGAGAAGUGCAAGGAAUAGUGGAAUUACUGUCUGUGGUAACCACUUAAAAAUCCAGCACAACCAUCCCAAUCACAACUUCUGAAAAUGAAAUGCCUUAUGAAAAUAUCAUAGUGUCUUAAAAUCUUCACUGCUUGAAGGUCUUACAAUAAUAUGACUACAGAUUUUUCCAACUUUAGUAUUUGCAUUUCUGAUAUUCAACUUUCACCUUCUGUGGACGUCAAAACACCAAAGACUUUCCACUGUAUUUGCCAGUUUCACCCUCCUUGAGAUGCUGGCAAAAUGAGAGGACGAGAAUAUAAAUGGGAUUUCAGAAAACUGUACUGCUAUUUAAACCAAGCUAUUUCUUCCUUUUUUAUAUUUAAGGUUUACUGGUUGGGAUGGGAAGUGUUUUCUAUAAAUAUAAAUUAAAUAAUUGUUUGGGUGGGAGACUGUUAGGAUUAGCAAUGCAAACCCUUUGACAAGUAAUUUUAGAAUUUAUUAAUUUGAUUCAAUGUCA